AUGUCGGGCAAACCAUCCAAGACCUGCUUCGUUACGAUUGGCGCGACGGCAUCGUUUGAUCGCUUGAUCCGCGCCGCGCUCUCGGUCGACUUUGGCAAAGCUUUGGAGUCGCACGGCUACACAGACCUGCGGGUGCAAUACGGCAAAGAUGGCGACGGUCUGUUCGACGCGUGUCUGCGUCACGCACGGGAUGCCGGCACAUCGACACUGAACAUCACCGGCUUCGAUCUGGAUAUGGACGGCCUGGGACAAUACAUGAAACAAGCAAAGGGCCAGGGCAUCAAAGGCGCAAACGAGGGAGUGGUGAUUAGCCAUGCUGGCUCGGGAACCAUUCUCGACGCUUUGCGCAUUUCCGUGCCCUUGAUCGUGGUUCCCAACGCUGAGCUUCUGGACAACCAUCAAGUCGACCUCGCUCAAGCACUGGCGGAACAGGAAUACGUCGUCUACGGGAGACUGAACAAUCUAGCUCAAGCGCUGGACGAUGCAGAGGCACUGCGCAAACGGCACAAAGCGUGGCCACCAGUCAACAGCGGGGUGCAUCGGCAGGCGAGGGGCUUGAAGGGGGUCAUGGAUGAUGAAAUGGGCUUCUUGGACUGA